AUGGACCCUAGGACACUUUCUGGCUGGCAAGGAUAUAAUCCUUAUUCUUCUGAUGAAUUAUUGGCUAUUCAAAUGAAUCUGGAAGCUGAAUCUGCAUGGUUUACUAAACAAAACAUGACUUUUCUUAUUCUUCCGUGUUUUGAUAAGAAUUCAAUAUAUCCAGAAUAUUUGCCAUGGCCAUAUGCCGAUGCUAUUGGACCUAGUAGACUGGCACAGAUUUUUGAGCAUAUGAAAUUGCAUUCCAAGGUUCAGCUAGUCGAUGUAAGACAACCACUUUUGACAGCAAAGAAAUUAAAUCAAUUUGACACAUACUUUAAAACUGACUCUCAUUGGAACAAUAUCGGAGCAUUUUAUGCUUAUAAGGAAAUAGUGAAACGACUGCUCAUUGUCUAUCCUCAAUUUGUACCUCAUAACUUGGAAGACUUCGUUCUUGAUACAAAUCUCAAGCGAGCAGGAGAUCUAGCUGGAAUGGCUAAUUUAGAUGUGUCUCAUAUUUUAGAACAUCAACUCGUUUCCAAAAAAAAUAUUACUGCCAAUAGGAUGAGCCCGAAAAAAGACAAAAUACUCAUUUUCGGUGACUCUUUCUCGGACUUCUUCUUCAAAGAUUAUUUUUGGCGACAUUUUAAUGAAGUAAAAUACGUUUAUGGUUAUUCGAAUGCUAGAUACAAAUUUGACAAAAGUACAAUUUUACAGUACCGACCUAAUGUAGUCAUUAUCGAAUCGAUAGAACGUUUCUGGAUCAAUCCCUGA